AUGAGCAUUUCGAGCUCAAAACAGCCCCCUGAAGGCGAAAUCAACAUCACACCACGGUCGCCCACCGGCGAAGAAGGCGUCCGGCGCACUUCCGAUGUGUGGAGGCACAAUCUGCACAAUGAUGACCUCAAAUUCGAGUGCCGAUAUUGUGGCGCAAAAUUUCUGCGGGCCCACGGCACAUCGGCAUUCGGCAAGCAUUUGGCCGCCGUGCAUCAAAUUCGAGUGCUGAGCAACAAACGCCGUCCAUCACCACCGACGUUGCUGAAUGGCAAAAAAGCCAAGACUGAACCGGAAAUGGACAUCACUGACCUGAUUGGCGAUGAAGACGAGGAACCCUACGGCUCAAACUCAAUCUCCCUAGCCUCAUUUCAUAACGACAACCGAGCCGACGACGGACUCGACGAAAUGCUGAUGAGCGUCAGGGCGGCUAUGACCAAUAUGGAGGGAAUUGCCCACUAUUUUACGCGAGCCAAGGAUCAACAACAUGAGAACGCUCGUCUACGUCGGCGUGUCGCAGAGUUGGAGCUUGAAAAUGCAACCCUGCGAAAGAAGAUCAUCAUCGGACAACAGAAUUAUGGCGAGGAGCCGGCACCAAAAGUUACGAUCCCAAAAGAGACAAAACCAUCGACUCCAUUGCUCUGCGUAAUGGAGAAGCAGCUCGAGGAGCUGAGCCAAUCUCCGAGCUGCAGCACUGUCGCCGAAACAGAGUCGACGGAGCGGCACUUCUUCCCGUUGGCCUAUGAUUUGUCAGCUGGCGAGGGCUGGCUGGAUGCCGUAUUUCCUUUUCGACGCUUUCAUAUGCUCCAAAUUCUGGAGAAAACCGAGACGGUUCGACUCCAUUGUCUCGACAAAGCCAACCCUAUCCGCUGGAGCCGAAAGAAGGAGAUGCAAAAGGCGGCCAUCGAAAUGGUCCGCAUGAUGGUUCCAUCCCAAAUUCUACCCGUAUUAAACACCACCAAUGAUGAUAUCCUGCAAGCCAUCGGGGAGCGGGACAUGAUCAACGGCGGGGGACGAACCCCGAUCACCAUUCCGCCCGAUUUGAUAACCCAAGCUGCAGAUUUAUUCUACGAGACUCUUCGCCAGGCACCAUCCAACAGUGCCGACGAGUGGAAAAUACGGCGCGAAAUUAGGACGGAAUUGGCUAGAAAAUUGGGCAGCGUCCGUUCACCACGCACCGACAAGCAUCAUCUGAAGACGUACAGUGACGAGAUAUACAACCAGAAUAUGGGCAUCUUCCUGCUUAAACAUCCAGAGAUCUCUGACCACCUCAGC